AUUGUCAUUUGUUUUAAAAGUAAACAGUACAUCUCGAAUGAUAAUAUUUUGCCUGCAGAAUUUUUGCGGUAGGGCUUAGUGAAAUAAAGUUAUUAAUCAUUACCUUAAAGUGGUAAGCAAUCAAAUGUUAGGACGUAAUUGUGUCAUAUUAGAUUUUAAAUCAGUUGUAUUUUUAAUUAUGUCGCUUAUUUUAACACACGUAAGAAUUAUUCAAACAUCCGUCAAUUCAAAUAACCCUGAAGUGAUCCCCACUAAACUGGAAAAGAUGAGCAGUGAUAACGAUCGAAGUGCUCUUACGAUCAACUCCGGCAGUAAAAUACCUUCAGAUACCAGCCACUGUCCAAAUGGCACCCUGUGCAGCGACCUGCCAAACUCUUGCCUGCAGUGCAACUACAAUGCUCAGUGCAUUUAUGGAGCCGAAAUAAAUGUGACUUGUUUACCGAAGAGCUCAGUGAUGUGCCACAGCGACGCAUCCGGACACGAGAUUAAGCGUAAAACCAUCUGCCGAUACUGUUACCAAACCGAGCGAUGGGAGCAGAUUUGUGAACAAAAAGGAGGCUGUAAUUCAAUUGACUCUCAAUUCAAAACGAAUUGCACUGUAAAUGGGGAAAUUCUCUGCAUGGGUCACCGGACGUUUAUGAGGAAAGUACCGUGUAACUGGACACAGGGCUAUCGGUGGUCGACCACGUUGAUUCUUAGUAUUACACUGGGAGGUUUUGGUGUAGAUCGGUUCUUCCUAGGACACUGGCAGGAAGGAAUCGGAAAAUUAUUUAGUUUUGGCGGACUUGGCGUUUGGACACUGAUCGAUGUGCUGCUGAUUUCGCUGCAUUAUUUGGGGCCAGCGGAUGGAUCAUUGUAUAUCUAGUUUUAAUGCUUCAUUAUCGAAAUACAUACUCUCACAGAAUUGUUUACAAGAUCUGUAUGUGAUAGCAAGAAUAGAUUAAAUUGAUGUAAUUGU